GACAGCUGGCUGUUGGCAAGAGUGGAGACAGGUGUUAUUAGUCUUGUACAGCGUCCACCUUUCUUUGCAUCCGCACUCGCCGUCGAGGCCCAUCUGUGAAGGAGGGAACGCGAGAAAGAGGCGACGCCGCAAGCGCGAUGCCGCUGUCCGCCCCCACAGGACCGUAUCUGGUCUCAACGCUAGAAAUCGAGGUACCCGUCCGUGAGGCUCGAACAUUCAGCGCAUCGCAUUUUCGCUUGCCAUCGGGAAAGGCGGCGCUAAAGCUGCAGACGGUGCUCUUUACGCUCUACUACCCCUAUUCGCGAGCGAACGGUGCGGCGGGCGGGGUAGAUGCUGGCGAGGAUGUCACAAAUGGCAAACCAACUACCACUUCCGCCAUCCACGCGAAACUUGCACAGGUCGGCUGGCUUGGAUCUUCAAGGCUCAAAGUACUCGAAGGGCUCCUGAAAUACGCCGGAAUCUCCAAGUAUUUUGCCCUUCCCGCCGUUUUGCCUGCUUACAGCGCCUUCUUCUCCAAGCUCCCUCUCGCAAAAGACCAGCCCCUCCUCUCACCGCCGUCCUCCGCAGGCAGCGCAUCAACCCCGUCGCAAUGGCCAGUAGCCGUUUUCAGUCAUGGGCUCGGCGGCAUGCGGACGACUUACUCGCAGUAUUGCGCCUCGCUCGCCAGCCAUGGGGUCGUCGUCGCUGCUGUCGAGCACCGUGAUCGGACCUGCCCAUACACUACUGUCUCACGAGUUGUCAGUUCUUCAUCUGGAAGCACACCGAAUAAAUCAAAAUGCUCGCAAGUAGAAGAAGAAGGGCUAAUCUACAUGAAUUUCGACGAACUGCAGUCCAACUCUGCACCGUCCUCGAGUUCAGCAGGCACGGAAUCAAUAUCAGACAUUCAAAUCGAGGAGCCUACCGCUGAGGGUCCCGAUAUGUGGAGCUGGCGCCGUGCACAGCUUGCUCUGCGGCGGGCGGAGCUAUUGGAAGUACAUCACGUCUUGCGCGCUAUCAACGCCUCGACCUCUUCAGUCGGCUCUUCGCUAUCGGUCUUGGACGUUAGCGCUCCGUAUGUGCAGCGAGGUGAGGGUGCUGGAGCCCGGCUGAGCGAGGCUUGGAGCGGACGGCUGCAACUUUGCAACGACCAGGCCGAUGCGAACGUAGAGGCAGCGACGCUGAUAGGUCACAGCUUCGGCGCUGCAACCGCUGUCGACCUUGUCAUGCAGGCCGGACAUGCAGCACCGGAGCAAGAUGCGAGUGCGACCUCAAAAUCAGAAGAGAUGUGUCCGUUUGGCCGAAUCGUUCUGCUUGACCCGUGGCUCGAGCCGCUGCAGAGCGAUAAACGCGGUCGCUUGGGUCCAGAAAUAAUGCUGAGCAAGGAAACCUACGUAAUUAAUAGCGAAGCAUUUACUAUCUGGGUACCACACAUGAAGCUGUUGCGCAGCGUCGUCCAGCGGACGCGCGAGCACAUGCGGGGUAAGAGCUGGCUUUUAACGUUAAGUGGGACUAAGCACACGGACUUUAGUGACUUCCCUUUUUUGAUCUCAAAGGUGUUCUCAUCAAAGGUAGAACCAAUCAAAGCAAUACGCUUCUUUACAGAGUGGACGUUGCAAGUCAUUCCGGGUCUAUUCUCUGUCAAAGAUGCCAUUCCAUCAAUAUCGACUGACGCCGGGCUGCAAGAGGGCGUCGCAGGCUUUGUCACACCCAGCGGCGUGCCAAUGCGAGGGGAAAUUCCAAACGAGGUGGUAGAGCGCAACCUAGGGGAGCCGAAAGGCGUCGGCAUCUGGAAUAUUCCCGUGGUACCCUCUCACUCGAAGGCUGAUAUUGCAGGGAAAGCAGUGCUAUAACCGACAAGGCCAAGUUAGCAUAGCUAGGUAGUCCUCGAUGCGGGUUAAUUAGAAUCUAUAAUAUAUAUAUCUGUUAUAAACCCUCAAACAUCACCAUUGUACCUUUUUAGCCAUUGCACCGCCUCGCCCAGGCUGGUAACCAC